ACAGUGUCACGUCCAGAAGAGAGCUGAAACUUCAUCAUGACCGCCCGGGUGUUAGUUGGGGUUAAGCGAGUUAUUGACUACGCUGUUAAGAUCCGAGUCAAGCCAGAUAACACGGGCGUGGUGACCGAUGGGGUGAAACACUCCAUGAAUCCGUUCUGUGAGAUCGCGGUGGAGGAGGCCGUACGACUCAAGGAGAAGAAGCUGGUGAACGAGGUGGUGGCCGUGAGCUGCGGACCUCAGCAAGUGCAGGAGACCAUCCGGACCGCGCUGGCUAUGGGUGCAGACCGCGGCAUUCACGUGGAAGUGUCCGCAAAAGACUACGAGUCUCUCGGGCCACUGCAGGUCUCCAAGAUCAUCGCCGCUCUCGCCAAGAAGGAGGACGCCUCGCUGGUCAUCCUGGGCAAACAGGCUAUUGAUGACGACUGUAAUCAGACAGGUCAGAUGACCGCUGCCCUGUUGGACUGGCCUCAGGGGACCUUUGCUUCUGAGGUGACACUUGAAGGAGGCAAACUGAAGGUGUUGCGAGAAAUCGAUGGCGGCUUGGAGACGAUCAAGAUUAACAUGCCAGCGGUGGUGACGGCUGACCUUCGGCUCAACACGCCCAGAUACGCCACUCUGCCGAACAUCAUGAAAGCUAAGAAAAAGAAGAUCGCGACGGUGAAACCAGCCGACCUCGGGGUGGACAUGAGCUCUCGGGUGGAGGUGCUGCGGGUGGACGAGCCUCCACAGAGACAGGCUGGAAUGAAGGUGGAGUCGGUGGAGGAGCUGGUCAGCAAACUGAAGGAGGCUGGAAGAAUAUAAAGGAGCGGCACAUUAUCACUGGGGUCUCUUUUUGGUAACUGCACUAAACCCACAGCAAACGUUCAUGGAUGGUUUCAUCUGGUCCCGGUGUUCUCAGUAAUUCUCAAACACGACCUGCUGUAUCAAUGUCUGCUACUUUAUUCAGACUUCAUAAUUUACUCUGUAGAACAGAACCUCCCCAGUUCUGCUCCUUUUAAAUUUCCUGCUCUAAUGUACCUGAUUUUACUCAUCAGUGACUACAGGAGCAGAACUGGGGAAACUGGUGUGGAUAAAUGCUGAGAAACAACUGUCCACCUUAUUCUAAAAGGGUCUUAACCCUCUAAAUUCUGUUGGCCCUUAGAAUGAUAAUGUGAAUAAUGGAACAUGAUUUUUGAUCUGUACUCUUUAUUCUUUUAUAAACUUCAUGUUUAUAAUAAUUACAAUUCUGCAAAUGUCUGUGACAACUGGUAUAAUAUAUAACUGGUAUCCAACUGAAUAUAAUAAUAUAAAUAUAAUUUAACUGGAUAGUGGACAGUGUCUCUCAGUAUAGAGCAUAAAACAGAAAGAAUUAUUUCCCAUAAGAACCUCUGGAGAGUCUUGAUUGUACAGUAAUCUACUCUGAAAUUUAAACGAUUAAAAUGAUCUGUAAUUUUCA